ACGCAAUAGACAGGACGCGAACGGCGCCGAGCGUUCCGGCGACGCCAGACAACGCGGCACAAUCGAGACGAGAUAAUCGCUGUGGGACGCGGAGCUUUAAACUACCCCCGUGACCGUCCGCUUACACAGUCAGUCCGCAACGUCCGAUCGUGCACCGAGGAUGGGAGUUGUCAAGACGGCGUCGGAGAGCAUCCUCGAGGAGACCGUGAUGCCGAGCGAGGAAGCCAAGUUUUCGCAGCAGGGUUACGCCGAUUGGAACUUCCCCUAUCAGCUUUUAAUAGCAGCAGGGGUAGCCAUAGUUGGUCUGGUCCUCCUAGCCGCGGUGAGCUUUCAAUGCUCUUCCACUCGGCGAUGGUUGAUGAGCAUGACUCGACAUGAGAAUAUCGACGAUACAGAGACCGAACAGAUUCAGCAAAAUGCGAUUCGCAUCAGUCAUUCUCUUCCGGACCUGCAAUCGGAACCGAUUACUCACGAAUACGUUCAAGAACAGAAGGACAAUAAAAAGGUAUUGCGUCAAACCACUUUACCUAUUGUGCCAAUGAGACAUCAAAGCUUCCAACGUCAAUUAUCACAUCGGCUUGAUCUACCUAACAUUAAAUUCAGCAUUUGCAGCUUCGAAAAUCGCAGCGACUCCAGCCUCGGUCUUAUCAAGCCGGAGCUAUAUAAAAAAGAACUCGUGAGACAAGAGAGCGCGGAAAGCUCCAGUCCAUCAGAAAUGGAAUAUGCUGGAAAAUUACAUUUUGCUCUGCGGUAUGACAAGGAAAUUGAAGGUCUUGUUGUCAAAAUUCUAGAAGCUCACGAAUUACCAAUAAAAGAUGUAACUGGUAGCAGUGAUCCGUAUGUCAAGGUAUAUUUGUUGCCAGAUAGGAAGAAGAAGUUUCAAACAAAAGUACAUCGAAAAAAUUUAAAUCCGAUAUUUAAUGAAACGUUUAUCUUUAGCGUAUCAUAUGAAGAAUUGAGGGAACGUUAUUUGCAAUUCUCGGUUUAUGACUUUGAUCGGUUUUCACGUCACGAUCUCAUUGGACAAGUGGUUCUUAAGGGGCUUUUAGAUUGCACUGAUCUUGAGCAAGAAAUUGAAUACACAAUGGACAUUCUCUGCGCUUUGCAGGAAAAAGUUAAUUUGGGAGAAUUGAUGUUGUCGUUGUGCUAUCUACCAACGGCCGGUCGGUUGACAUUAACCGUUGUUAAAGCCAGGAACUUGAAAGGAAUGGAUAUAACUGGCAAAUCAGAUCCUUAUGUGAAAGUCUAUCUGCUAUGUCAAGGCAAAAGAAUAAAAAAGAAAAAGACUACAGUAAAGAAGAACACUCUUUAUCCUGUCUAUAAUGAAGCACUCGUCUUUGAUGUUCCCGCUGACAACAUUGAAGAUGUUAGUCUCAUAGUGAAAGUAAUUGAUUAUGACAGGAUUGGAUCAAACGAGUUGAUGGGCUGCACUGCUAUUGGGUCAAACUUUAUUGGAAUCGGCCGUGAUCACUGGUUAGAAAUGUUAGAUAAUCCAAGAAAACCAGUAGCACAAUGGUAUCCAUUAAUGGAGACCGUAGCAGGCCAUAUUCCAGCCCUUUCGGAACCACUCCCAGUAAGCCUGAGCUGCUUAAACAGCAGAUGAAGACAAGAGGCAGAAAGUAAACACUGCAAAAGCUCGCAAAUAUUAUCAGACGUCGGCUUGGACAUCGUCUCCUUCUGUCGUCAUUUAAUGUACAUCGCUUGACUGACUUAAGUACAACCUCUGUCUUGAAGGAAGGCCGGAAGGCGAACUCUGUGCUUUGCAAUCUUACCUCGUGCAGCAGGCAUGAAAUAAUAAACGAUCCGGCGUAAUGAAAAACUGAUCACUCGCGAAACAUACGUUGCUCAAUUCCGGCGAUUCGUUGGCUGUCGUGACAGAAACGAGACAAAUUUGCGUUACUUUGUCUUUCGAGCUGCUGCUUGAAAGUUAGUGCGAGCUGGACCCGCACCACUUCGAACGCAAAGUUGUUGUAUCUACAAUAUCCCCUUGGUCACUUCUUAUCACACGUGAUGUUGAGCAUGACGGUAGCUUAAAUGUUUUAGAUUAACGCGUGAGAUCGGAUAUAAAGUAAGUUUUUAUAGAAGAUGAAUGUAAGCGUGAGAGGAGCAUAAGGCCUUAUCCUCGAUAAAGGUGCGACAAACGAAUAGAAGCGGAUUUAAGCGAGGAAGAUAAACUAUAUAGCAACAGAGAGAAUACAAUCGAAUACGGUAGAUGUUCAAGGUAGUGCAAAUAGCGUUGGAUCCGUGCGUCGUUUAUUAUUUCACGCUCUUGCUAUCACUUCUGCGCAAAUGUUCUACUAUGUAACGUGAUAUAUGUUUAAACAUAAUGCUCGAUAAAAAUUCGGGCACUGUUUGUGAUAAUGUAUCUAAACGCAUACGCAUACUGUCAUACACAUACGUACAAGUAAUACACAGUGGCCUCAGAAGCCAUGUAUAUCAGUAGUGCUUCGUAUGCACAUAUGUACGUUUGCAACUGACGCGACUAUUCGAUUGUGAACUUGAUAAUAAAUAACAAUAUACGUCGUAUAAGUUAAUUUCGUGUAUCGAGAAAGAAGCGAACAAUGCAGCCCUCUUAUAAUUUAACAACUACAAUAUAUUGUUUAUGUAUAUGCGGUUUUCAAAAUAUAAUUGAAAUAAUAUUCUGCAAGUAAUAGGAGAUUUAUCGUAGAUAAGUUUACAGUGAAAUUUAUUUAACUUUUCGGUGAGCUGCAUUUGGUCAAAUUUGCGAAUAUCUUUGACAGGUCCAUGUGAAUUCUGCUUUAUUGACGUAUUCUAAAAAUAUUUAUCCGGUGACGUUUUCACAGAAUGUAUGGAGAGAAUUUGUGUACUGAAGAAAUUUAAUAUGGGCGUUUCUGGAAAAUGGAUGAGAAAGUGAAUAUAUCUAUAAAUAUUUUAUAAGACGUAACCUGGAAAUGUAGUCAUAAAAUUUUUUAUUAUAGUUAUGUUAUCUUCUUUUUAUUAAAAUUAUUCUGUAAUUCUAAGCUUCUUUUUUGGUCGCGUGAAAAAGUGACAAUUACGUCAUAAAGUUAUAGAUGCAUAAUCUACACAUACGUAGAAUUAUAUUACGCAAAUCGUAGAUAAUCAAACAUAAUAUCAAAGUUGAGGUGAUAUAAUACGAGACAUAUUGACUAGCAGAAAAUGUGCCAAGAAAAAGUAAUUAUGUAGCAAAAAUAGUGUGAUUAAUGGUAGUACGUUCUAAUCACAUGCUUGACAUAGAAACUUCAGUCGGCGCGCCAUAGUAAUCUUAGAGUAGCCCCUAUUUCGAAUCAGUAUGUUUCGACUGUAUAUGCAUUUCUUUCUCCUACGAGUUGCGAGAAACGUCUUUCCGAAUCUCGAGAAUCUUUCAUCUACUCCGUUGUUCCAGCGAUGCCCAUAGUGAAAAGAAAAAGAAAAACUACUGUAUUUUUCGUACAAGUGGGACAUUCCACCGCAGAACUGAGCUUUCUCAAAUAACUAUGUAAUAAAUGAAACAGUAUCGCUCCAUAUUGAGAGUAGUAUUUAAACGAAUCCGAAGAACCUGUAUGCAUACAAAAAAAUAUGACGUAAAAUGUGAUCUCUCCAUUAAUGUUAUUCAAAAAUUAUUUUAAUCCUGCCAAGACACGCGCGAGAAUAUUAAAGGAAGCUUUCAGUUUUUAUCACGCAUCAGUGAAAAAUUUAAACGUUUCUGCUUCUAAUACUGGGUCACUGGCUCAUGAAUGAUAAAGUAUAUCGGCUUUGAGAUGUAAAUGGUUUGCGUGCUGGAUUAUAAAAUAUGAAUAUAUCUUGUGUGUAUAUAUGUAUGAAUAUGAACAAGACAAAAUAUAUGCAAUUGAGUGUACGUUAAAAAUUGUCGCAGUGAGGAAUUGUAACUGUCAAAGAGUAUGGAGUAAUUGUUUAAUACCUACUCUAAUUAUGAAAGCGAUCGUAUGCAGUUAAUUUAUGGGCAAGUAACAAUAAUAUCGGCAUGGACGAUGUGUAUACUUUUCUAACGAGUACAUAUCUAUUGCAUAUUUGAGUACACCCAUACAGUGCUCUCUGUUAUAAUCGUGAAUAACAUAAAUAAAUUGGUAAUAAGGAA